AGGCGGCCGUCGGUGUCUCCGCUUCCUCAACUCCCUCCCUACGAACACGCGAAGCAACUAUACGCUGCCCAGUAUGCCUACAUUGGCAGCAUAUUCUCCUUUCUCAGCCCUACUGUGUUUGGCGAGCACAUGCAUGAGAUUUAUUCCAAGCCCCUGGAUCUCACCGAUCGACAAAACUGCUUGAUCUACUGCCAGGUUCUUCUCAUGUUUGCCUAUGGGCAGAUGUACUCGAUCAACCAGUGGACCGGAAAUGAUGGUCCCCCUGGGUUUUCUUAUUUUAUGCAAGCGUUGGAAUUGCUGCCGGAUAUCCAUGAAGAGGGUUCUGUACUUCUUGUUGAAGUCUUGUCACUCGUAGGAUACUUUAUGCAGAAUCUGAACCGACGAGAUGCUGCAUUUUCAUAUAUUGGAUUGGCUCUGCGAAUGGCUAUAUCGCUCGGGCUACAUCAAGAAGUCUCAGACCCAACACUAGAUGAGACGGAGCGAGAGCAUAGGCGACGACUCUGGUGGUCCGUCUAUAGUAUGGAUAGAAUCAUCUGUGCCAAAUCUGGCAACCCCAUCACGAUCGCCGACGGGGACAUCGGUGUCCGCUACCCUUCUACAAUGGCACGAACUGGAAUAGAACCUGAAGGCUCUUCCGUUGCGGUCCUAUACCACUACACCAAGCUUUCCCGAAUUCUCGGCAACAUCAUGGAGAACGUCUACCGCAAGUCUCGCAAAACCGGCUCCAACCUCGUCGAAUCAGUUCAAACGAUCAUGGGUGACCUGGACCUGUGGCUGCGCAACCUGCCCCCCCAACUCCGGCUCGACUUCAACAAACCGGUCAAAAACAUCUCGCGGGAAUCCGUCAGCAUGUUCUUGCACUACUACCAAUGCAUCAACAUGACCGCAAGACCCCUCCUCUUUUACGUUGUGCAAAAGCGCCUACAGGACCUAGGUCGCAAUGGCACGACGACGGCCGAUUGGCGCGAUGGGCUCUCGCAUACCACCACCGUCGUCAUCGAGGCGUGUAUUUCCGCCGCAUGCGCUUCGACUACCAUUUUAGCCGCGGCUGCGGAACAGGAUCUCGUCGCAACCUAUGGCUUUAUGGACGGCGAUGACGCCUUCUCCGCGGCGUUAAUCCUGGUCAUGGUUGACGUUGCCUUUCCGCCUACGCCCCGUGAACAUGAAGCCAUGAACCAAGCGCUAGAUAUCCUGCGCGGCAUGGCCGGUCGCGGCAACGGCCAUAUAGGCGCUCGCAGACAGUCGCUGCUCAACCUCCAGACCAUGAUCAACAAAAUGCCGUCCGCUAGCCCAGCC